GCUAUUCGACUCAACGGAACUGGUGUCAAAUUUCGUCGAAGGCUGAUAUCUGACAUAAACAACAGGAAGAGAGUACGGUUUCUACUACAACCCACCUUUUAUCUCUAGUGUAUUUCUAUACUUUAAUGAAGACUGCGCGGUUGUAAGUGAUCAUGGGCAAGAGCUGCAAGGUGGUGGUGUGUGGCCAGGGGUCAGUGGGCAAAAGCGCGGUUCUGGAGCAGUUACUGUACGCCAACCAUGUCGCAGGUUCAGAGACCAUGGAGACACUGGAGGACAGUUACAUCGGGUCUGUGGAAACGGACCGCGGCACCCGAGAGCAGGUGCGGCUUUACGACACGCGCGGGCUGCGCGAUGGUCACGAGUUUCCGCGGCACUACUUCACUUUCGCCGACGGCUUCGUGCUCGUCUACAGCAUCGACAGCAAAGAGUCCUUCAAACGCGUAGAGGCUCUGAAGAAAGACAUCGACCGCUGCCGUGACAAAAAAGAGGUCUGUGUGUUUGUUAUGCACAGACUGCACACCACUCGUUCAAAAGUUUGGGGUCAAUAUAUAUAUAUAUUAUAUAGCAGAGCAUGUGAGCGAAGCGGCUCCGCUACGUGUUCCGAACAUUCAAAACAGGCUCUCAUCGAGCCCUUUGUCCAUCUGGCCAGCAAAAUGACCCAGCCUCAGAGCAAAUCCACCUUCCCACUCAGCCGCAACAAGAACAAGGGCAGCGGCUCCCUGGACAGCUAGAGAUGGAGAAGAUAGCAAUAGCACUGACAGAGUAACAUAAAGAUAUGUUAGACGAGAGAUGCCAGGCAAAUCUCUAAAGAGUGACAUCAACAGACGCUCGAUUUGAUAUCUUUUGAAACAUUUGAACUUGGAGUGCCAUUAUAAGUUUAGCACACUGUAUGAAGUUACUGCAUCAAGGAAGUUUUAUAUUCUUAAACAUACAGGAUAGAAUCCAUGUGUUGCUGUGAUAUAUUUCUCUCAUGCUUAUCUUGAAGCAAUUGACUGACAAAAAAUACUGCUUUUACACUGAAAUAUAUAUAUACCUCUACAUUGCAAAAAGUUGUUAUAUCCUAUGUGAAAUCAGCUAGGCUGAUUCAACUUGUUCAAUUCUGACAUAUUUAAUGACAUUUGUGCCAUGAUGACUGCUCUUUUGUGAUGUCAACUUGACAGAAGAUUGUCUUAAUUUAGUUAAGCGGACUGCAUGGAUGGGUUACUUAUUUUUAGGUGUUCAUAUUUUGUCAGACACAUUCCUAUAAAAUGUUUACUGAUUUAUUCCAUAAGAACAGCUAAGUAAGUGCAAUUUGUUUGAGUUUGUUUGAUUGUGAGUGAGCUCACCACUGUGCCAUUGUACUUUUGACCCUGAUGACUGUAUUUCAUGAGUAGUCAGUCAUAUUGUAUAAUGUUAGCUUUCAAUUGUGAACAUAUACAAUAUAUUUCUGUUUGUUUUACAUAGAAAAAGUAUGACUUGUGAAGAUUUGACUCGUAUUUUUAGCUGAGAUCGUUUUCAAAUACAUUUUGACAUGUUUGUUUAAAAGCAUUUUUUGUCUGAAACAAAGACUGUAUGAGCAGCUUUUUAACAUCUUAAUAAAGCUGCUCGGCUGCAAUUGUUUACCGCUCAUUCAUCUUUUCUAAUCUAAAUCUAAAUUAACGCUUAAUUUACUCUGGUCAAAAAUAAUGUUAAUGCUCUAUAAAGACAAUAUAAAUUUUAAGCACAUGAUCU